AUGGGGAGACUCGAUAUUUCGGCACAAGCAGUGGGCGAGCUGAGCUUUUGCAAUUCUCUUCCCCUAACGGUGCCCCUAGAGCCCUACAUGACCACAAAUCCGAGCCGAGGACCCCAGAUGCUUGAUAUGGACGAAGAUAUCCCACCCGAAUUAGUAGAUCAUCUUCUUGAUCUCUACUUUCAAUGGGAGCAGCCAUGGAAUCAGGUAGUCGAUGAAACCCUGUUUCGAAAAAGUCAAGGAGAUAACGGUCGAUUCUUCAGCACGUUGCUCUUAAACUGCAUACUUGCUAUUGGCUCUCGCUACUCAGAAAGAAUAGAUUUGCGUACAGAUCCAAAUGACCCGAACACCGCUGGUCAACUUUUUCUUGACAGUGCUGAGGUGAUGUUGCAUUUUGAUCUCAGAUCACCGAGCAUUGUUACAGUUCAAUCACUCUCGGUCAUGGCUAUGGCCUACGUUGUGAGCAACAUCCCUCAGUCCAGCUUGCUUAUCCCUCUAAUCAUGCCGUCUUGUUAG